AUGGAUGAGGACGAUGAAUAUCUGUAUGGCUCCGAUGAUGAGCAGCCUCAGCAAAUAGGUGCACCGGAAACAAAAACAGCUUCAUCUGAAAAAUCUUCUACCGCAGUUAAAACCGAAACUGGACCAGUAUCGGAUGACGAAGAUGAUAAUGACAAUUCAGACUAUAGUGAUUCAGAUUCAGAUAUCGACAUUGUCAUUGGGGCUUUAGAACCAAGUACACAACCAGCUGCUUCUACAACUGCCUCUUCUGCUGUGCCAGAAGACAAUCCUGGUGAAAAUGACGACGCAGCCACGCAAGUUCCGUCGGCUGCUGGUAAACUAAGGAUAGCUACUGGUUCGUUGGACGUUGACAAAGUGGGAGAAUAUGACGGAAAGCCAAUAACUCAAUUGGAGCUGCAGGACUUGAAGGAAAAACCAUGGAGAUUACCAGGUUCGGAUCUUGCAGACUAUUUCAACUAUGGAUUUGACGAGUUUUCAUGGUCGUAUUACUGUUCGAAACAAGAUAAAACAAGAAAGGAAUUUAACCCCGCCAAACUAAUGAAUGAAUUACUUCCUGCAGGUGGAUUUCCUCCUUCAGGAAUGCCUCCAAUGCCAGGGAUGCCAGGAAUGCCUCCGAUGCCUGGAUUCAUGCCAGGUAUGCCAGGAAUGCCACCAAUGCAAGGAAUGCAGGGAAUGCAGGGAAUGCCACCAAUGCAAGGAAUGCCUUCGAUGCCAUCAAUGCCUUCUAUGCCGGGUAUGCCUCCAAUGUUUAAUAAUAAUCCAGCCAAUGGAUCAUCCUCUUCUUCUGCUCAACAACAACAGGCUCCCAAAAGGCCGGUAAACGAGAGAGAUAGUGCUGACCGGGAGAGAGAAAGAAACAGAGAACGAGACAGGGAGAGAGAUGCUUAUCGAGACAGGGACAGAGACAGAGACAGGGAUAGGGAUAGAAGAAGAAGAAGAAACUGA